AUGGCCUCGCAAUCCUCAACUACCGUGUUCGAGAAUACCUCGUCACGUCUCGACGCAAACCCAGCACUGAGUUUAAAAUCGAAGCAGAACCCAAAGGACUCUAUGAAGUCUACCUGGCGCCAAGCCAAUAAAAGCAACUGGACAAAGUCACACUGGUUCUUUGAAAUCCUGGGCCUUCAUCACGUUGCCCUGGAUGAAGAUGUUCCUGUUCAUCAGAAAGGAGACAAAGUACCCUACACACCAGAGUGGCAGCUGCACCGUUGGGUGCUGGUACAUGCACUCGUUCCGAUCGCUAUACAACACGCCUAUGCAGUUUACACUGGCCAAAACCUUACACCUUUCCAGGCCUUUCUUUUCUACACCGUCGCUUUCAAGGUUGCUGCGGUGCACACAAUACAUGCCCUACGCAGGAUAGGGCACCAGACGGGCUUUUUGGAUGGUGAUAAGCACGAGAGAGAUGGGGUGCCCGAUGUUGGCGUCACCAAGGUCGUCAAGAGCCUCAUCGCCACGUCUGGCUUUCGCCCUGUCUUUACCGUGUUUCUCAGCUACCGCACCGCUCAGGCUCCCUCAUCCAUGAAUUGGCUUUGGCUACCAUUGGAGAUUGGACUGUACGGCAUCGUCCUGGACUUUUGGUUUUACUGGUACCAUAGACUCAUGCAUGAGGUCGGCAGUCUAUGGCAGUAUCACCGCACCCAUCACUUAACCAAACACCCCAACCCACUCUUGACACUAUACGCCGACUUCGAACAGGAGAUAUUCGACAUCGCUGUUAUCCCAAUCAUGACUUACCUCUCUCUCAAGUUCAUGGGUCUUCCAAUGGGCUUCUACGAUUGGUGGAUAUGCCACCAGUAUGUUAUGUUCACCGAGCUUGGUGGUCAUAGCGGCCUACGUGUCUAUACAAUACCCCCUAGCACACUUGGCUGGCUUCUUCGUCUGGUUGAUGCUGAGCUUGUGAUAGAAGAUCAUGAUCUCCACCACCGUAAGGGCUGGAAGACAAGCGGUAAUUAUGGCAAACAAACUCGUCUAUGGGAUAAGGUCUUCGGUACUUGUAUUGAUAGGGUAGAGUUGAAGGAGGGAAACAUGGAUUGGGAAAAAGUUGUUGACCUUCCCAUCUUUUGGUAA